UCCCAAACAAAAAAUAAUAAAAACUGUGAAAGGGAAAUUAGGGUUUAAGGGGGCGUGGAGAUCUUCGUCGUCGUCCGUCUCCCUCGUGAGUUGCAAGGAGCUCUCUCUUUACGGCAGUCAUGGACGCUACCUACUGGAUCCGUCAGCCUGUUCAGCAAUCUCUGCUGUGCAGCGCCGAAGCGGCCGCGGACCGAAUAGAUGCCAUAACUGGAGCUCCUGGUCAAGAAGCUCAAGUCUUUAUGCCACGAGAUGAACAUGCUAGAAUACAAGCCAUGAAGGACACCAGAAUACUAGGAACUUCAUAUGAUCACUAUCUUCAGAAUGCACAACAGUUAUCAUCUUAUGGUUCUGCUCAAGCUGGUGAUGCAGGUUUGGGUAGAUCUGUCGGUGGAGAAGUGUAUGGAUUCAGAGGAGGAAAUGCAAGCCUUUCUUACCAGGACCCAGUCAUCUUAACUGGUCCUGGUUUCAGGUCCUUGGGACCCCAAGACAUGGUGGCAAAUAGUAGUUUGCCUGCGGGUUUUCGCAGCCAUGUCCCUGUUGAUCCUAUGGUUAGGCCAGUUCUUCCUGAAAGAGAGAUCCCACUGCCACAUGAUGCUUCAAAUACUUUGUUUGUUGAAGGGCUUCCCCGUGACGCAACAGAGAGGGAAAUAGCACAUAUUUUUCGCCCCUUUCGGGGAUACAAGGAAGUUCGGGUAGUGAAGAAAGAACCAAAAUAUGAUGGUGGAUACCCCGCUCUUCUCUGUUUUGUGGAUUUCACUACUCCAUCAUUUGCCAUGACUGCUAUGAAUGCUGUGGAAGGAUACAAGAUGGACCUUCACGACCCAGACUCAUGGGCUCUGCGUCUGCAGUUUGCGAAGUUCCCUGGUCGGAGACCUGGCCAUGGCUUCCAUGGCAGGAGAUAGACGAGAUCAACCUUUUGUUACAGCUACCCUUUUUUCUUUUCCUUGAAGCUGCAGCUGUACCCUUUCCAAUUGAUGAGCGAAGCAGAGUGCCUGCUUCUAAGGGAUAUUUUAGCAGUUCGUAAUCUUUAGCACUUGUAGUUUGUGAUGGACCAUUUUUAUUCCAGGGGAUGUGUUCACUCGCUGUGUUUUAAUUUGAACUGUUAGCUGAAGUGUUUUAUUUAAUGAUUUGGUCGGAACUUCCUAACUAAACUAUAUCAAAUCACUGCCAAUUUACCCUGCAAA